AUGGUAGGGAUUCAUCAAAAGCAGCAGCAAGAACCCUCUAGACAGGGACCUGGUCUUGGGCUUCUACCUGGGAAACUGCAAGCCAAUCCCUUCUUGCUCUCUGGCUGGCUAGCUUUAGUGGAGUUUAUCAAUUCCCUGAAUGUUACUCAACAGCUUUAUACUCAGAUACAGACUGACAGGCGAGAAAGUGCGGGCCGGACGCAAGCGCUCGGGAACUGCACCGCAAGCGCGCCCCGUGGCGUUCCGCCCCGUCCCCGGGAGUUCACGGCGCGGCUCCGCCCCUUCUCGCAGUUGCUAAGCAACUACCCCGGAAGUCACAGGAAGCGCGUCCGCGGCGGGCGCCGCGAGCCGGCGGAAAAUGGUGGUGUUCCAGAGCCGGAGGAGCAGGAAAGGAGGUCUUCUAAGCCAGGGCCCCCGAGCGCGCGGGACUUACAGUUGGCCUUGGCAGAAUUGUAUGAAGAUGAAGUGAAAUGCAAAUCUUCCAAGUCUGAUAGACCUAAACCUACCAUCUUUAAGAGCCCACGAACACCACCUCAACGGUUUUAUUCGGGUGAACAUGAUGGUUUACAUAUUGUUCGACCAUCAACUGGGAAAAUUGUGAAUGAACUUUUCAAAGAGGCACGGGAACAUGGGGCCGUCCCUCUGAAUGAAGCCACACGAUCUUCAAGUGAGGAUAAAUCCAAGUCAUUUACAGGUGGAGGAUACAGAUUGGGUAAUUCCUUUUGUAAGCGGUCUGAAUAUGUCUAUGGAGAAAAUCAGCUGCAAGAUGUUCAAAUUUUGCUUAAACUGUGGAGCAAUGGCUUCAGUUUAGAUGAUGGAGAAUUGAGACCUUACAAUGAUCCAACAAAUGCUCAAUUUUUGGAAUCUGUUAAGAGAGGAGAGAUUCCUCUGGAGCUUCAGCGACUGGUUCAUGGUGGCCAAGUGAAUUUGGAUAUGGAAGAUCAUCAGGAUCAAGAAUAUAUAAAACCUAGAUUGAGAUUCAAGGCUUUUAGCGGAGAAGGGCAAAAACUUGGAAGCCUUACACCUGAGAUAGUCAGUACACCUUCCUCCCCAGAAGAAGAGGAUAAGUCAAUACUUAAUGCAGUUGUUCUUAUUGAUGAUUCAGUGCCAACUACAAAAAUUCAAAUCAGGUUAGCAGAUGGGAGUCGUCUGGUACAAAGAUUCAAUAGUACACACAGGAUACUGGAUGUUCGGAACUUUAUUAUACAGUCCCGUCCUGAAUUUGCAACUCUUGACUUCAUUCUGGUGACUUCAUUUCCAAAUAAAGUGCUGACAGAUGAAAGCCUGACACUACAAGAAGCAGAUAUUCUUAACACUGUGAUACUCCAGCAACUAAAAUAAUAUUGCUGCUGUCUAUGCAAUAGCAUAUAGGAAUAGUUAAUGUGCCAUAUUAAUAAGAAAACUACUCCCAGCAUAAAGACAACCAAAUUUUUUUAUUAUUUCUACAAAUAAGUUUUGGUUUUAUUGUUUUUCUAUCUUCCAGCCUUUAGAUGAAUUUGGACUACGGAUAGAUCUUGAGUUUGUUGCAGGGCUAGCUUCUGUUGAUAGUUUUUAAAUUCCUAGGCAAACCUGUUUGUUACAUGCCCAGUGUUAAUGUAGCAACAUUUGUUUGCAGAGAAAAUGAGCAAAACCCCUUUUUGAUAAACUUAUUGAUGAAAUUCACACUGAAUUUUCCUGAUGCAGCAGUGACCAGCAGUCAUUAAAAAUUCUUUUGAUAAAUAAGUUGAAAUUUCUCUUUAAUAUAUACUGAAAGUAUCUGUAUUCUGAUUUUGAAAUUUUUUUAUUCUAUAAUUCUCCUAUUAAGGUUUUACACAUUCCUUUAGUUAACUGAUUUAGUAUUACAAAAUAUGAUUUUUCGUUGUAUUUUGUAAGUCAUUGGUUCUUGAGAAGAUAUAGUAAGAAGCACUUUAAAAUCAAGUAAUUAUAAUCUCUCCCAGAGCCUGACUUGAUCAUGUUCAUUUAUUCAUUCAACAGAUAUUUCUAAGGGAUCAACUAAAUACUAUUGUUAAGUGCUCAAUCCAGAAUGUAUUCUACUCCAGGAAAAAAAAAACAACUACUCUCUAAAUACAGGAAUAUAACUUUAGUCAGAUAAGACUGAAUCUAAAGAAUUAGCCCCAUAAAUAUUUGCCAUUUCUGCUGAAGCCAGGUACUUCCAAAAUGGGGAAAGUUACAUUAGGAAUGAGGAGAAAGCUUUUCUUUUUCCCAGAUGCCACUUCACCUUUGAUCAUCACUUCUGGUUAGUUUCAUAUUGCUGCCAUAACAAAUUAUAGAACUUAUAGUUUAAAGUAACAGAUGUGGUAUCUUUUAAUUCUAUAGAUAAAUGUUGAGCAUGGCCUUCCUGUGUCAGAAUGAAGGUGCUGGCAGGGCUGCAUUCCUUUGAGGGGACUCUAGAGGCAAGUCAUUUGCUUAGCCUUCCAGCCUCAAGAGUCCACCUGCAUUCCUUAGCUUGUGGCCCCUUCUGCCAUUUUAAAAACCGGCACCAUUGCAUCUCUCUUGACAAUAGCCUGUAACACUUCUCUGGUUUUAAAGACUUGUGUGAUUAGACUGGAUCAACCAGAUAAUUUGGGAUAAUCUCCCUCAUCUUAAGAACCAUAGUAAUCAUAUCUACAAAGUCGCCUUUACCAUUUAAGGUUACAUGUUCACAGGUUUGGGGAUUAAGACAUGAACAUGGAGUAGACAAGUUAGUCUUAUGCCUCUCUCAAGGAUUCACAUUCAUUCCCCAUCCAGAGGUGCUCAAAAUUUUCAGCCUAUUAAAACAUCAACUCAAGAGUCUACAAUAUUACCUGAGUGUCAGCAGCUCAAAACCCAAGUUUCAUUUAAAUUCUCUAAGUUAAGUAUAAGAGAUGAUCUGGGUAUGAUUCCUAGGCCAUAAUUCCUUUCCACCUUUGAACCUAGAAAUUAUCUGCUCUGAAUUGUAAUGGCAAAACAGCUGUAGAAUAAAGUUAAACUCCUAUUCAGAAAACAGGCAAUGGAGUGAAGAAAGGAGCCGCUGGAGCCAACAGUUUACAAAUCCAGCCAGGCACACUCCAUUAGGUUUCAUGGCCUGGGAUUAAUGUAUGACUCAUAGCUCAGUCCUCUAGGCUUGUGACUCCAUCUCAUCUUUCCUUUUCUCAAAAGUAGGACAUGUUAGCAGCUGAAUAGUUUUAUCACCUUGUUUGUUCCUUUUUUAAUGUCAUAUUCUAUACCUUUCAGAUUAAGAUGGCAGACUUUCUGAUGGUAUAAUAUUGUCAAAAACUUGUGGGCCUCCUGCAUAUGUUGUGGAGAUCCAUUAGAUAGGAGACUCCUCCACACAUCUUCCUAAAUAGUUUCAUCUCUGUUUUUAGCUUUUCCUGAAACAAUUGAGAUCUGUGAGUCACACCCUUAAUGUCUUCAGAGAGCCUUCUGUGUGAUAGAAUACUCACCUCUUGAUUUUUCUGGGGUAUCAGCAAAAUGUUAUAUAGCCACACCCUUAUAUUUCUGUAGAGCAGGCUUUCCUGACAAAGACUCGCUAAAUUUUAGUGUCUUGCCAGUGGGGUAGGCUGAGAAUUUCCUAAGUCAUCCAGGCCUAGAUUCCUUGUGUUUAUCUGUCUACUUUUACAUUGGAUUACAAUCAGCUGGAAGAAAGCAGAUCAGAUCUUCUGAUCUGCUUGGAAAUAAUUAAAUGUUUAAGUUUACAGUUCAUAUAUUAUUUCUUCUAAUAAUCUAUUCUCAGUCAAUUUAGCUAUUCACCCUAGAGAAUACCUAAAUCACUACCAAGCCCCUUAACUUCCUUCAAGCCCUCCUUUGCAUUAACUUUCAGAUUUCUAUGAAUGAUCUCUUUAAGACAAAUGAAACUCUUACUGUCGUGUCCCUCAGAAUUCUUUUAGCCGAUACCCACUGCUUAAUUCUAAAGCCAUUUCUACCUUUUUUGGUAUUUGUUACCUGCUACCAAAAAGCAUUCCACUUUCAGGUGUCUAUGCACUGCCAGUUGACUUGAAUGUGUUUCUGAGAGAUUUGAGAGUCACCUUUCCCUGAGAUCACUGGUUAUUUCAAGGAGUGAGCUAGGUAGAGGUUUUAAUCUUGGGAAUACUACUAGAACUAUUGCAGGAUCAAUGUAUUGAAUCUGUCCCUUCAGAGAAUUCUUCUCAGUGUCACAUAGAGGAAGAAGAUUCUUCCUAAGUUUCUCUGCCACAAUAGGAAGCCAUAUUCCUUUCCACUUAUUAAAAAUAACAUAAAUAAUAAGAGUCCCAAUUCAAAAAUACUAUCAGGGGGAAAAAAACUCCCUUUUAAAUAGAGCAAAAUCAUCUUCCUAAGGAAACAAGAAAUGAAUUUUUAUUUUUUCUCAGACAAGAAGUCUUACUAUGUUGGGAGGCUGGCCUCAAACUCCUGGGCUCAAGCAAUUCUCCUGCCUCAGCUUCCAGAUUAGGUGGGAUUAUAGGUGCAUGCCACCAGGCCUAACAAAAAUAAGCUUUUUAAAUAAAAGGGCAUUGCCCUGUUUUGGAUUAACAAAACAGGAAAAAAAAAUAACCAAACCUUGUAAAAUUAUUUCAGAUUUCCUUCUUAUUAUCAGUUACGUGGAGUGCCUAUAGAUGUACAUAUAAAAAUAACUGCCAUUUUUGUGUAUAAUAGUCUUCCAAAGUAGAUUUACCUUAGAAUUAAGUAGACACAACGUUUGAACAAUACUUUCACUUGUGCUGCAGUGUUUUAUUUCACUGAGAGUCAUUUUCCUUAUUUUUACUAUCAGUCAUUAUAACUUUAAAAUGUAUAAUCAUCUCAAAAAAGAUCAUCACAAUGAACAAUUAGACAAAUGUGAGACAGUUUUGCAUGAUAUAAAUAAUUUAAAAGUUUGAAAUGUGUGUAUACCAAUAAAGAAUGUUAUCACUGAAAGCUUUUAAAAAUGUUUCACAGUUUCUUUGAUUUGCAGUUCUGGUCGAGUAAUUGAAUAGAUGAUUUUAAAUGUGAUUAAUUUCCUGCGAUUUAAUUGUGCUUUGUCCGUAUUUUUGGAGAGCAGAGAAGGAUCUCCUUUGCGUGAACUUAAAGUUUCCACACUUAAUUAGCUAUACAGUACAUUUUCUGUUGUUAAAUCAUUGAAUUAAGGAGUGUUUUAUUAGGCAACAUCAAAAGAGGGGUAGGAAGUAAAGUGUAGGACCAGUGCCGUUUUUCCUCACACAGUUCUCUUUCUUGUCCUUCUAUGACUUCUCUACCUACGGUGGCACCAUAGCACUGGUGAAAAUGGCCUACAGUUCGAGAAGAUAUUUAAGACAGUGACUUUUUCUCACUCUGCUAUUCAGAAUAGAGUAUUCAAAAUAUGUGCUGCAUGUACUUUUUAUUUGAUAUCUCUGUAUUGACAUUUUGGUUUGUGAUCUGUGUACCUAUAUAGUGUAAUUUUCAGUGUACCUUUUAGAACGUAAUUAUAAGAUGUCCAUUGUGGCUUCUAUAUUUAAUAUCUUUCCCAUUUUAUUUUUCAGUUUCAUCUUUGGGGGAAAGGCUUGAUUCUUUAAAUCCUAAUAGGUUUUGUCAUUUUUAUCCUAUAAUCAGGAAUAGUAAAAACUAUAGUUCUUAGUUUUCUAUAGAAAUUCGUUAAUUAAAAAGUAGAAAUUUAAUAAGUACUGCAGAUAUUCAGAUAUCAGACUUAAAAGUAAAAUUUCAAGCAUAUUUGAGAAUAAGUGGAAGUCCUGCUGGAAGUAGCCUGGAAUUUUUAAAUGGGUAUUGGGUUUCUGAGUAAAGGUAGUAAGAUGAAAUAAUAUCUUAAAGAAAUGUUCAUUCUUUUUUCAGAAUUAUAUCAGGUUCAACAUUCCGUGGGAUAAGAUGGUCAUUUUUAUUAAUGCAAUAAAAUUAUAUGCAAAUACCAUGUUUUAUAUACGCUUUUAUACAAUACAUAAUAUUGAAACUAGGAGGGAUUUUUCACCCUUGAAAACUUAUUCUAAAUUUUCAUAGAUGUUAGUGUUCGAAAUAUUGUGUAGAUAGCAAUUCAAACUAGUUUGACUAUAUUCUUUAAUGUUAAGCAUGUGAUUCACUUUCAUAAGGAGUACAUAUUUUAGAGAUAACUGAAUUUAUCAUUUACUGAAGGGCUACCUACAAGGUUUUACAUUUCCGGCAACAUGUUGUGAUAAAUGUCAGUUGUUAUUACAGUUUGUCAUUCUGAGCUCAGCUUAAUAAAUGCAACUUCUUAAGAGAAACCUC